AUAUAAAUCUCUUUCUACAUUCCUUUUUUUUCUUCAAAAUUUCUAAUUAGUUUUUAGAAUUUGUAAUUAGGUGAAUUAAGAAAUUAAAAAUGGCUGGUGGUGGAUUUGACGAUAAAAGUAGAGGAGCAAGAGCUCAUCUUUAUGAGUAUAAAAUUACUAGUUAUUUUGUCUGUUCUUGUAUUGUUGCUGCCAUUGGAGGUUCUCUUUUUGGUUAUGAUCUUGGUGUCUCUGGUGGUGUGAGUUCGAUGGAUGAUUUCUUGAAGAUAUUUUUCCCAAAAGUGUACAAAAGGAAACAAGAACAUCUAGAAGAAACAGAUUAUUGCAAAUAUGACAAUCAAAUACUUACAUUGUUCACAUCAUCUUUGUAUAUUGCUGCACUAAUUUCAACAUUUGGUGUAUCACAUGUUACUAGGAAUAAAGGUAGAAAAGCCAGUAUUCUAUGUGGUGCUGUUAGUUUCUUUUUGGGAGCUGUCCUUAAUGCUGCUGCUAAAAACAUUGCUGUGCUCAUCAUUGGUCGAUGUCUUCUUGGCAUUGGCAUUGGGUUUAGCAACCAGGCAGUCCCAUUAUAUCUAUCAGAAAUGGCACCUGCAAAAGUAAGAGGAGCAGUAAACCAAUUGUUUCAACUCUCAACUUGUUUAGGAGUAUUAAUAGCCAAUUUUGUCAACUAUGCAACUGAUAAAAUCCAUCCAUGGGGAUGGAGAUUAUCUCUUGGUAUAGCAACAAUUCCUGCUGUACUCAUGUUUGUUGGUGGACUUUUCCUUCCUGAAACGCCAAAUAGUCUCGUAGAACAAGGCAAAUUAGAGAAAGCAAGAAAAGUGUUGGAAAAAGUUAGAGGGACAACAAGAGUUGAUGCAGAAUUUGCUGAUCUAAUUGAUGCAAGUAAUGCAGCAAGAGCUAUAAAACAUCCAUUCAGAAACUUACUGUCAAGAAAGAACAGACCACAAUUGGUGAUUGGAGCUCUAGCAAUUCCAGCAUUUCAACAACUCAGUGGCAUGAACUCUAUUCUGUUUUAUUCCCCUGUUAUUUUCCAGAGUUUAGGAUUUGGCUCUGGUGCUGCUCUCUAUUCAUCUGCUAUCACCGGUGGCGCGCUUGUUGUCGGUGCAUUUAUCUCAAUGGCAUUUGUUGAUAAGUUUGGUAGAAGAGUUUUUUUCUUGGAAGCUGGUGUUGAGAUGAUAUGUGUCAUGGUAGCAGUUGCCAUCACUCUAGCAUUGAAGUUUGGACAAGGUGUAGUACUCCCAAAAGGAAUUGGCAUAUUCCUAGUAAUCAUAAUAUGCAUAUUUGUUCUUGCUUAUGGAAGAUCAUGGGGUCCUCUAGGUUGGCUAGUUCCAAGUGAAAUUUUCCCUUUAGAAACAAGAUCAGCAGGACAAAGUAUGGUUGUUUGUGUCAACAUGAUCUUCACAACGCUAAUCGCGCAAUGCUUCUUGGUGUCAUUAUGUCACCUCAAAUAUGGCGUAUUUUUGGUAUUUUCUGGAUUUAUUAUGAUCAUGAGUGUAUUCAUAUACUUUCUAUUGCCUGAAACAAAGCAAGUUCCAAUUGAGGAGAUUUAUUUGCUAUGGGAAAAACAUUGGUUUUGGAAAAGGUAUUGCUCACCAGAGGUGAAUGGAAUUGAAUUGAAGAAUGAAGAGAAAGUUUAAAGAGUGCUUUUAAGCAUCAUUUUGAUUUUGUUUGUUGCAUCUUUUCUACAAGUACAUGUAAUGCACUUUGGAUGCCUUUUUAAUAAAGUCUUCUUUUUUUUCCAAUA